CCGCCGGUUGGCCGCCCAGCCGUUUCCCGGGCGACGCGAGUUGUUGUGGUUUCGCGCCGCGCUGGGAGUUUGGGCUUUGCCCCAGCAGCCAGCAGACUACAGGCUCUUGCCUCAGGUGUUGCGGGCAGCACCCACCGAGAUCUUCCGAGUGCUAGUGGAGGUGGACAGACGAAACAGGGGCACGGAGGUGGCCUCUGAAGCUCAGUCGCUGGAGGCGGUUCCCAGCUCACCCCUGAACACCCGACCCAUCGUGUCUCCCCCGGCAUGAGGAACACGAGCAAGGAGCUGCACAGCACCUCCAGCCGCUACGCUCCCUGCGACUGGUAUUACCACCUUCCUGUGAAGCGGUCCGAGAAGGCCUUGGAUGUCCCACUGGCAUCCCAGAUCCCAGGUCUCAGUGACCUGAGGGACACAGACAAUGGGCACACGCUUGGGAUGCGAAGGUACUGGAUCAAAGAAACAGACUCGGAAUACGUGAAGCUCGCAAAGCAAGGUGGCCGGCCUGAUCUGUUGAAGCACUUUGCUCCCGGGACCAGGAAAGGCUCCCCAGUCACCUAUUCCUUGCCAGAUUGGUACAUCCACCACAGCAAGCCGCCCACAGCUGACCAGAGACAAACCCCUGCUGUGUCCAUGCCAGAUUACAUGGUUUACGAGGAGUUUAACCCUGAGCAGGCCAACGGUACCUAUGAGUCCCGAAGAGGGCCAUUUGACUUCGACAUGAAGACGGUUUGGCAAAGGGAGGCCGAGGAACUUGAAAAGGAGAAAAAAAAGGUGAGGCUACCGGCCAUUAACUCAAAGUAUCCAAGCAAAACGGGGACCCCGCUUGGCCCCAAAGACCCUGCAGGAAGUAGACUCUCCUUCCCGCCCAUGCCUGGUCAUAAAACCAGUUCACCCACAAACUUUUCCAAACUUAUUAGCAAUGGUUAUAAGGAUGAGUGGUUACAGCAGCGAGCUGGUUCAGACAAGAGGACCCCACAGACAUCCAGAGCCUCCGAAUCAUCUCAGUCCACGCAAGACCCUGAAGGGCACCAGGAUGCCGAGCAGCUCCCAGACCCAGAGGUUCCCGAAGCCUCUGACCAAGCUCAAGAGCCUUCUCCUCCAAGUCCAACAGCAUCUCCAUCUGCACCAACACCAGCAGAGCUCAAAUAAAACCCGAUAAAAUAUA